CACGGCCUGGCCGAGUAGAUGGAGGCCGCCGGCAGUGGUGCAGCGCCGGGCUGCAUCGAUCUGCACGAUUUCAGCGGGCAAUUGGGCGAGCAGCGGGUGCACUUCCACGCCAUGCGGCUGCAGGACUCGCUCUUCCUCUGGGUGGGCGCCGCGCCCGCCCUGUCCAGCCUGGCCGUGGCUAUGUGCAGCCCCCGGGACAGCGUGCCCGUGUCCACCUCGCUGCUUGGGGACCCCUCCGACACCGCCUCCGCCUGCCUGGCCCAGCGCCUGGUUUCCAGCCCAAGGAACACCCUACUGGGGAAGACCUGGCGACCUUUUUCACUUUGGGUUGGAAAGAGAAAGUCAGUGACACACUUCUGGCUUUGACUAAUCCCGUGCUUGCUGAUCAGAAUGGCUAAUAGGGCUUUGCAAAGAGAAUUGAAUCUUUCUGAAAUUUUACACCCUGGUUUCUAGGCUUACUUUUGUCAGCCCAGCAAUGUAACGUGGGCCAAGUGUGCUUGUGGACACUCAGUCCAAAGCUGUUUUACACUGAAAUCAGUGUAAAAUUAUUGUCAAGCCUCUCUGUGUCUUCUUUGUUCCACGGGCUGUGCGGCAAGGAGAUGUGAGCUCUGCCCUGAGCAGAAAUGCCAAGCAUUGCUUUGGCUGGCAUUGAGCUCUCCUCCAGGGAAAUAAAUCCUCUGUACUCCUGCAGCUUCUGCAAUAACAGAGAUGGCUGUUUGAUCCCAGCCUGCCCCGUAGCUGAGGCAGCCUUCUUACCCAUCCUGUCACCUCGGAACACUUCAGGCAGGCAGUAACUUCUUUUUCUCUGUGCUGUCACCACGUUUAUGUGCCAUUUCCAUUCUACUGUUGGCAGGCACUCGUUUAAGUAGCGCACGAUGCCACCUGGAGGCAAAUAGUAUUAUUUCUUCUGCUUCCCAGUUGUGUUCCAUCCCCUGUGCUUUGUUCCUGCAGUGCCAGGUUCCCUGUUCUGGGGCAGGAGUUUUGGUGUUGCCAUAGUCAGUGUGUGCACAUCCUCCCACUGUUUAUGUCUGAUCGACUUCCUAGCCCAAACAGCUGCAUUUCGUGUUCUGGCUCUGUCUUUUCCCUUAUUUUUUUCCCUCCACUGAUGAGAGAACAUUUGCAGCAUUUCCAUUCCUACAUACCUAUUUCUAUCUGUGCUGGGUGCACAGACUGCUUCCCACAGCCUACCUCCAUGCUCUGCCUCCACUCUCUAACACGAGAUGCAUGUAACCUGUUGAGAAACCUGUAUCCUAGAAGAUUGUUCCCUGUGAGCUGGAGGAGCCCCCUUCUAGAGAAAUCUUUGUGUAUGUGUAGCCUCUCCAUGCUAAGCGGGUGAGCUGGUAGAAUGGAAAAUGGCAAUAAACAGAUUUGCAUAAAGAAAAUGGCUCAAAGGAGUAGUUAAGCUACAUUAUAUAUAUGUGUGUGUGUGGUAAAAUAUGAUUAUAAACAUAUAUUGGUUUUCUGAAAUUAACUUUCCAACUGAAGAAGGACUGAGAUAUUACACCUUCUGGUGUCCUUAUUUUCAGUUUUUAGAUUUCAGAUGAUGUUUUUGAAUACUGAGUGGAGCACUCUUGAUUUCUCCUUGGGACAGGCAGCUCCCAGCUUACUCCUGUCAUGAAUGUGGUGUGACCUAAAUACCACUUUUGUCUUUUAUUUCAUGCAACUAUUUUAAACCCAGUGUCUGUUUUUCCCUAUGGUGCUUCAAUAGUUGAGCUUUAGCCAUCUAUUAAGGGAGUUACAAAACAGCGAUAUCACAAAGGUAAUAUCUAAGUAGAAUUCCAUUUUAUUUAUAAAAUGCUUCUUUGUAUCAUCUGUUCUACUCUGAUAAUUAAGUUUUCCUGCCCCAGUGGGCAUUGGUUUUGUCACUGUUAAUUAGUUCUGUGAUGGAUGACAGCUCUUAAUUUUAUAGCACCUGUCUCCAGGUAGUUACCAGUGCAGAAGCCCAGAAAUUCUGAUGUUCAUGGAUACAACAAGUGAGGAGUAGAGGAAACACAGCCACUGACAGCAGGCUUUGACAAACACAAUGCACAGCUUUGGGAACCUUUUUGGGAUGUUGAUAAUGAAAAAAAAAGAACUUUGCUAAUUGUGGUCUGAUAAGUUUCUUGUUGACUCUCCCCCUGUGUUUUUCAUGAACCAAGUGCCAGUGAUGCAGUUUCAGCUUGCUCCGUUGUUUCCCUUCCACUAUCCUAUAUUCAAGAAGUGUCCAAAAUGCACAAAAAGCAUGGGGAGGUUUUGCAGCAACUGGUGGCUUUUUCGUCACUCCAAAAACUCAUUCGCAGUCACCAGGUGGGAUUACAUUGCCCACUCUAGCAAUGUGCAGAGCUUUGUCCAUGUGCUGGGUGCUUUACAGCUGGGCCCUGGCAUGCGGGAAGUAGAGAACGGUCUGGUGGGCCUCUUCAAGAUCGUUUUUUAGAAUGAAUGCUUGAGUAUCUCCAUGGUUUUCGUAACGGAGUAAACUAUGCCUGAAUAUUUUGUUCUGUGUUUUAGCCAAGAAGACCAAAAAACAGGUAUUUGUCAGCUACAAUCUGCCAAACACAGACAGCAGUUUCACCUUACUCAUAGAAAACAGGAUCAAGGAAG